AUGAACGUUAUUCAAGCAGUAAAAAUGUAUAUAACAAAAAUGACGGAGGAGAGUGGGCCUGGAAUGAAAGUAAUACUAAUGGAUAAAGAAACGACAAGUAUUAUUAGUAUGGUGUUUAGUCAAUCAGAGAUUUUGCAGAAAGAAGUGUAUUUAUUUGAGCGCAUUGACAGUCAAACUAAAUGGGACAACCUGAAACACAUGAAAUGUAUUGUAUUUUUGAGACCAACAUCGGAGAACAUUGCUUUGUUGUCGAGAGAGCUGAGACAUCCCAAAUAUGGAGUGUAUUUUAUUUAUUUUAGCAAUGUGAUAUCAAAGUCGGAUGUCAAAACACUAGCAGAGUGUGAUGAGCAGGAGGCUGUGAGAGAGGUGCAAGAGGUGUUUGCGGACUACCUUGCCAUUGAUCGCCAUCUCUUUUCAUUUAGCAUCACUGGGUGCCUACAUGGUCGUAUGUGGUCCCAGCAGCAUUUACAUCGAUGCGCGCAAGGUCUGGUCGCGCUUCUUCUGUCUUUAAAGCGUCGCGCGGCCGUCCGAUAUGAGGCGGCGUCUGAACCUUGCGCCCGAUUGGCCGAGCGAGUGCGCGAUCUACUGCGCAGAGAGGCGGUGCUGAUAGACAACAAUAUACCUUUCAACGGCGACGUGCCCACUCCCCAGCUUCUGAUCAUUGAUAGGAGAGACGAUCCGGUCACGCCGCUGCUUAACCAGUGGCUAUACCAAGCCAUGGUGCAUGAGAUAUUGGGCAUCAACAACAACCGCGUGAGUCUGGCGCAUCUGCCCGACGUUCAUAAAGACUUCAAGGAGGUAGUACUGGCAUCGGACCAGGACGAGUUCUAUGCUAAGAACCUGUAUUCCAACUUCGGCGAGAUAGGUCAGACAAUGAAGUCCCUCAUGGACGAGUUCCAGCGGAAGGCGAAGAGUCAUCAAAAAGUGGAAAGUAUCGCCGACAUGAAGAACUUCGUUGAGACAUAUCCGCUCUUUAAGAAAAUGUCGGGCACAGUGACCAAGCACGUGACAGUGGUAGGUGAGCUGUCAGCGGCGGUGUCUCGUCGCCAUCUGCUCGAUGUAUCCGAGCUGGAGCAGGAGCUGGCCUGCCAUGCUGACCACGCCAGACACUUGCAGCGCCUCAAAGGCCUCAUAUCAAACGAGUCAGUGACUGACCACGACGCAUGCAAACUGGUAUCCCUUUACGCCCUCCGCUACGAGAAGCACGCGAGCAACGCCCUCCCCUCCCUAGUGGACGCCCUGAAGGCUCGCAACUGUCCCGAACAUUUAGUCAAAGCAGUGGUUAAUAUACUGGAGUAUGGAGGCGCUCAUGCUAGACAAAGCGAUCUAUUUGGGCUACAAGACGCCGCGAAAAUCACUAAAAGGCUGUUCAAAGGCUUGAACGGCGUAGAAAAUGUCUACACGCAACACACGCCCCUACUAAAAGACACACUGGAGGAUUUAAUCAAGGGGAAGCUCAGAGAGAACCUUUACCCCACUUUAGGAGGGGAUGACGGAUACGGACGACGCCCACAAGAUAUCAUAGUGUUCAUAGUUGGCGGGGCUACAUACGAAGAGGCAUAUUGCGUUCAUCAGAUCAACCAAGCAUACCCUGGAGUGAAAGUAGUCUUGGGAGGGACUACCAUUCACAAUUCUACUUCAUUCCUCGAAGAAGUCAAGUCCGCUAUGCAGGGAGUUCACAGAACGCACACGAGGCAUAUUAAAAAUGUCUAA